AUGUUAUGUUGGCGGCUGAGUUCACGUUGGCCCCAGAUAUGUGGAAAAUAUAGCAGAUACUACCAUCCAAAACAUUUGACUCUCCCUACCGUUACGUGGAUUAUAGCUCCGAAGGGGUAUAAAACCAUCGGUAGUGCUUCAAAUCAUCCAAAUAGGCCAUCUUCAGGACCAACUGGUCUCAGUAAGCUGCAUCGAGUCAGCUGCGUCUGUCCGUCGGCGCCCCCAUACGGCCAAGGCUGGGUGACACUCUUCAUUCUUCGUAUUGAACAUCAAUCAAGGUUCCCGGUGCAUCAGUUCCGACUCAACAAAUCUAUGAAGGGUCAUCACAUCUAG